CUCACAGAUGCAAGGCCUGAAAUUAAUGUAAUUACUAGUUUGGUCUCUGGUUGACUCUUCCUCUCCUCAGAUUUUUUUCUGUGAUCUCCUCUCAGGUGUGACACACAUUCAGCAACAGAAGAGGAAGAUAUUUCAGGAUGUCUAUAGGGCUGGAGUUGAUAGGUAUCUCCCUGUGUAUUCUGGGAUGGAUUAUUGCCAUCGUGGCGUGCGCUCUUCCCAUGUGGAGGGUGACGGCCUUCAUCGGCAGCAACAUUGUGACGGCUCAGAUCAUCUGGGAGGGCCUGUGGAUGACUUGCGUGGUCCAGAGCACGGGCCAGAUGCAGUGUAAGGUCUAUGACUCUAUGCUCGCCCUCUCUCAAGACCUCCAAGCAGCCCGCGCCCUCACCGUUAUCUCCAUCCUGUUGGCCAUCCUGGCAGUGCUCAUUGCCAUCGCAGGGGCCAAGUGCACCAACUGCAUUGACGACGAGGCAUCCAAGGCCAAGGUGAUGAUCAUCUCUGGGGUCUUCUUCAUUGUUUCUGGGGUCAUGCAGCUCAUUCCUGUCUCCUGGUCGGCCAACACCAUAAUCAGGGACUUCUACAACCCUCUACUUACUGAUGCUCAGCGGAGGGAGCUGGGGGCUGCACUGUACAUUGGCUGGGCGGCUGCUGCCCUCCUGGUUCUUGGUGGCGCACUGCUGUGCUGCUCCUGUCCACCCCGUGAGACCAGAUACAACCCCUCUCGAAUGGCUUACUCUGCCCCACGGUCAGCAGGGGGCCCGGGGUUAGAAAGAAAAGACUAUGUAUGAAUGAAGGUCAAAGAGAAAAAGACAUUAACCUGCUCUUCACACCAAACUGAGGGUGUACUGAGGAAAAGAGCUCAUGGGAACAAAGAGACUCCGUAAUGAAGGAUGUUUGAUUUUGCCUUGAAUGUUAAGUAUCUCUGACCUAGGCUCAUAGGCCUUUUUCAAGAGACUGAAAAAGCAUGCAAAGGACACGGAGUGGAAAUCUACUUUAAAUCAUGUUUCAAAACAAAAAUCAAAUUAUGUUCUUAGUGCUCUGUCUUUUUAACACGCUAAAUGUUAUUGUCACAACCAGUAUACAAUCAUACUUUUUUGUACAGUCCUGACUUCUUAAUGUUUACCACAGAGUAUUUUUAUAUAAAAACUGCUAUGACUGCUUCAUGCAUCACCAUCACAAUAAGGCACUGCUGUGUAAAGAAAGUGAAGAAUUGGAUGUGUUUAAAGGUGCGACAGGGUUAUCACUGGGAUUAUGUGUUGUAAAUACUGUACUAGAGUAUCAUUAAUCACCUGUAACUGUCAAGACAGAUGAUAACUGUAUUCAAGGCGAUGUUUAGUGCAGUGUGGUAAGGGCGGGGUUGGCAGAGGACACUGGGUGUUUUACAGUGUGCACAGAGGGAGCACAAAAGCACCUGGGUUCAUUUAUAACAGGAAUUAUCUUUGUGUGUUAUGUACAACUGCAGUUCAUGUAUCUAACAAGUUUUUUUAAUAAACAUCACUGUUUUUUAAGA